AUGUUUUCUUCGCUCGUUUUAGCCAUAACUUUUGCGUGCGGGUUUUCAAGUGCUCAAUCAUCUCUUGAUUUGUCACCAACAACGCAAAACAAUGAUCCAAUUGAUAUCAGUGAGGAAACAUCAAUUCCUCCCGUAUCCAGCUCAAAAACAGCGGCAGGUUGCCAAUCACAGGCUGAAAGCGAGAAGCCAAUUGUAGUGGCUGCUUUUCCAACAUUGCCCACGAUGUCAACAGUAUCUCCACAAAAUCUUCUGCAAUGUCUUUUUGAGUCGGGCACAUUUAAUCCGAAUUGUCUGAACAAUGAGGCUGGUAGUCCGAAGGAAACAUUCUCAUGCUACAACCAGACACAGUGCUCAACAGGACAGGUGUGUUGUACUGCAUUCGAAUUGCUAUCAAUUUUCACUCCACCUUCCCAGCAACAACAAAACGGCACUUGUCAACCUUUUUUCUGCCCUUUUGGACAAAUUCCUCUG